CAAACUCCUAAUUCUUAGAGAAACGCUCGUAUCGGGAUUUUCAGCUUUGUCCCUUACAAGAACCCGCCUUGCCGCCACUUGUCCUGCCGCUUUGCAAUACGGAAAACAUCGUCGCGAUACUUUGAAGAACCGACUACAUCUGUCGAACUUUAUCUUCUAGGGAGGGGAAUACUAUUUACUGGUCUGCAAAAAUGUCGAUGUGGCUGUCGGAUAACCAGAAGAUUGGGGUGGUUUUCUGCUCUGGCGGUAGGCUUGCGAUGGGAAAUAUCCUCUUCCUCAUCGGCUUGACAAUCAUCAUCGGUCCUCAAAAGACAUUCCUCUUCUUCGCCCGAAAACAGAAAGCAAAAGGCACAGCCGCCUUCUUCGCGGGUCUCACGCUAAUACUGAUAAAAUGGACAUUCAUCGGCUUCAUAGUAGAAGCGUACGGCAUCGCCGUAUUGUUCGGAGAUUUCCUGGGUACGAUUGCUGGAUUCGCUCGAGGCCUGCCCGUCAUCGGAACAUAUAUCGGCAUGCUUGUGGAUCGGAUGGGUUUAGGGCGUCGCAACGCUGAGCUGCCCGUCUAAGCCCACGUGCGCGCUCGUUUGCGCUACGAUAACUACGAUAACUGCCGUUGUGUCAUUUACUUGAUCAAACAUCAACAUUGAAAAUACUGAAGAAUCCGAGAAAGAGGCAAAGGGCGAUAGCGAAAACCGGAAAGGGCUGGUAAUAGCCUGGCUCGCGUGAGCUGCGGCAUCGGUGUUUUGGCGUUAAGAAUGAACUGCGGCCUUUAUGGAACCUGGAUGGUGUAAAAGCAAACUGCUGGAUUGUGUAGAAUACUCGUACUAUGUAUCGGCCUAGGCUUUAGUGGCACGCCUGUAUGAAGAGCAGCUGGGUCAUAUCUACCAUGUAGGUAGCUAUGUAAUUACAUUAAACAUCACUUAGGAACAGCUUGAGUGAAAGUUGCAUAUAGAAACGCAACCGUUGAAGAUGAG